AAAUUACGGAAGUUGUGUAUUUUCAUUUCAGAUUUACUCAGGCUUUUCUAAGGUUGCCAAUACCUUCCAUUGAUAUUGUCUUCGACAUCUGCACAGUCAACUCAGGGAUAAGUCGUGGUUGAUUGAAUCAUGAUUCCUUUCAUCUAUAUCAUAAUUAUUAUAAUAAGCAGUGCCUGCAAUCAAGUGAUGGCAGUUGAGUUUGAUUUCUUUAUUUUGGUACUUCAAUGGCCUGUAACAUUUUGCAGAAUUAAAAAUUGCGCCAAAGAACCGCCUAAUAAGUGGACUAUACAUGGACUUUGGCCAUCAAAUGUGAUUUAUUGCGAACAUAACGAAAGUUUUCAGGAGAAAAAUAUCCCAGAGAAUACUAAAGCCUUAAUGAAUGACAUCUGGCCAGAUCUUACGUCAAAGAAUGGCAACAGAAAUUUUUGGUCAGACGAAUGGAGGAAACACGGAACAUGCGCUGAUGUUGAUGGCACAAGGUCUUUGGCGGGAUACUUUACAAAGGCUGUAGAUUUGGCACACAGAUAUAGUAUAUCUAGUUUUCUAGAAAACAGUAACAUAACACCCAACGCAACAACAACUUAUACGAUUCCUGCUAUAGAAGACGCUAUUUUUUUGGAAACGAAAAGAAAACCUCAAAUACUUUACGAACGCUUAGAGACAGAUGGAAAGAUUAGAAACUGGAUAUUUGAAGUCCGCCUUUGUUUGGAUAAGACAUUCAACAUAAUUAACUGCAACAAAAAUAAUGGUAAAGGUCGCGUUCUUUAUCCACCACCGUCAUCUCCAAAACAUGUAAAGGGAGGAAACAAAAAAAAUUGCAAGAAUUAAAAGGAUUUUCAAGAAGCAAAUAAAUGUUACAGAAUUGAAUUAUAAUACUUAAUUUUACGAAUUCCUUUCGAAAUUCAUGUAUUAUAUAAUAUUAUUAUACCUCUUUUGUAAUCACUCUAUAUCAAAUUAAUACCAUAAAACUGUCUAGAUAAGAUAGAUAAAAUAAUACCUGGUAUUUAUUUAAAGUCGGGUAUAUCAACAAUGAACAUCAGCUCUGAAGAGCUAAUUUCCAACCACUGUCCCGAGAAGAGACAAUUUUACUCAUCUGAGGACUACUUCCUGAAAAAUCAGAGCUACUCCCAGGGACUACUCCCUCAUGAAUAUUUAUUAGUAAUUUAAACCAAUCAAUGUAUUCAGUGAGCGGAGCGUUCAAGGAAUCGCGAGUCUGUGACGUCAUGUUAUUAGCAAUGUAAAUAUAACGUCAAAACAUUUCGAUAUGCCAUGCCAAAAUCUGAAGAAUGGAAAAUCCCCCUCCCCCUUUUUUUAAAUAACAAAAUGUAAGAAUGCAUAAUACCUCAAAAAUAUAUAAUCUCCCGUCAAACACAAUCUAUAUGUCGUUAUAUGCAAGCAGAAUGUUCUUUUUCUUAAGUUUAAAGAAUAGCCCUAUUCUGUGUAAUGAAAAUACACAAGGUAUAUGAAACAAAAGCUGUGAACAAACGGUGGAUUCCCUAUCAUACUUUGCAAGCACUCUGUCUGGGAGGUGUUCUUUUACUGGUCUCUUUAACCUAAACCCCGCUAUUAACAUUAGAUAUGCCGUAAUCGAACGCUGUAUCAAUUGGGUACAUUUUAUGUUCUCCACUGGCAGCUUUGGAGGAGGUUUUGGAUUCGCUUUUCUGUUUAGCCUUAUCUGAUUGGUUAAUCAUUAUAUAGUUUAAAUAUCUCUUACAUUUUUUCCAUUAAAAACGGAGGGAGGGGUGUAUGAUCCAUACUUCAGGUGCCUGUGUUAAAACUGCAUGCAUUUGUAAUCAUACCUACAUAGUGUUUUUUUUUACUGAUAGUCUGCUUUUUACAUAUAUGCUCCGAUGUUAUUGAUUAUGUAAUAGAUUAGACAAUAUGUAAUAAAGUUUAAAGCUUUUUUUGGUGAGAUUGGGACAUAAUAUAUUCUGCUAAUAUACUGAAAUGCAAAACUACGAAACAGACGCAACGUCCCAUUUCAAGGGAAAUUAUGUAUAAGAUUUGUUUUUGUAUUUAAAAAGUAAUUUGAAAUUCAACUUUGCUAAUAUUGAUAAUUAUACGGUUGAAUAAUUUUCAUAUCAUUACCUGAAAAAAUUGAGUCUACCUUCCAGAAACAAUCUUUGGGAAUAUUGCUGCAUAUCAGCUUAAUAAAUGAACAGCCAACAGUUCCUGAAAACCCUUGAAUUUGUUGACAUGCAUUUUUUUUAUUAAUGGUAAGCAAAUGUUUUUGGGUUUCAGUACAUGUGUCUGUAUAGAUCAUUUAUACUCUGUGGUAAAAAUGUGCCAUCUAAAAUUGAAUCAAAAAGAAUUAAUAAAAUAAACUUGUGGUU